AUGGACUAUUACACCGGAAUGAACCAAAGAUAUCGUAUUCUUAUUACAAGCAUAGAUUCUUGCAGUCAUAUAAAUUGUGCUCUCAACUUUGGUCAGCUUCUUGCUGAGAAUGGUCAUGAAAUAACAUUUACUCAACGACACCAUAACCAACAUUAUGCCGAUAAAUACAAUUUCAAUUUCAUCCCAUUUGAUGAAUUUUUAUUCAUUCCCGAACCAACCAUUAAACCAUUUGUAUUAUGGGUAUUGAAAAAUAUUACCAGAUUUCGCAGUGAUGCCUUUUCCCGAUAUUUAGGGUGGAAUGAUGAAGAUCGAGAAAUAUUUUCCUCAGCAAUUGAUGAAGCUCGCAUAACUGACAAAGCACUAGGACAGAUUCUGGAUCAAUACAAAGGCCAGUUUGAUAUUGUGAUUGGUGACUUUAUCUAUCGCUAUCCAUCUCUACACACAUCAUCAAUACCCUUUAUUCAAUUAUUUUCAUUGAAUCCUCUCUUACUUUACCCUAACGGUCCACCAGCUUAUUCAGGUUACUCUGUGAAUGUAGACAGAAGAGCUUCUCAAAAAUUCCGUAUAAUUUUCAAUACUGCUGCUUCUCGACUCAGAGAUAAAUUAUAUUCUUGGUGGUCAUUCCAUGGUUUACCUGCUUCACCUCAAUGGUUUAUCAAUGAGCCACAAUAUUUUGGUUUCUAUCAUUAUCCUGAAGCGUUGGACUAUCUUGAAUGUGGACCUAAAUUUUCCGAUAAAUGGAUUCGAAUAGAUCCAUGUAUCAAUGUUCAACCUGAAAACUGUGAAGCAUACCGAUUGCCGUAUUAUUUAUCAUACCAAAACAACAAAUUGAUAUUCGUAUCUCUUGGUAAAUUGGGUUCAAUUGAUGUUGACUUGUUCAACACAUUUCUCAACAUUUUGGGUGAAACUCCAUAUCGUUAUAUCGUCUCUAAAGGACCUCGAAGCGAUGAGAUUCAUCUUAGAGACAACAUGUGUGGUGAUAAGUACAUUGACCCUAAAAGCGUUCACAGUAUAGUUGAUUUGAUUAUUACCCAUGGAGGAAAUAGUUCAUUUGCAGAGACAAUAAAUGCCGGAAAACCUUUGGUUAUGAUACCAUUCUUCCUCGACCAAUUUGAUAAUGCUCAAAGGGUAGUUGACUGUGGAAUCGGAAAAAGACUUGAUUGCUGGAAUUUUGAGCCAGAUAUUGUAAUGAAAGUCAUAGAUGAUGCUUUGAAUGAUACAAAAAUGAGAGACAAAGCAAGACAAAUAUCACAAUCGAUGCGUAAAUCCACAACAAGACAAGAAGCAAAGAACCUGAUUGAGGCUUUCAUCUCUACAUUAAAAAUUUAA